AUGCUCGUCGUCGAAGGGAGAAGACGAAGAAGAAGGGAGAAGGGAGAAGAAGAGUUGUGGCGCGGAAUCUCGGGGAUGGCCCGUCCGUCCGCCGCCGCGGCCCCGCAUCGGUUUUUUGCCGCGAACAGCGCGUCGUCGGGAUUUUCGUUUCGUGUUUUUGCUCUGCUCGUUUCGUCGUGCGGCCGCGGGGCCACGGAAGAAACACUAAGGCCGGCUUCCGAAUCUGCCCCCAUCUUCUCCUUUUUUUCCGCCGUCCCCAUCUUCCAUUCUAUCCCCCCGAAGCGUCUUCGCUUCCUCGCUUUUUUUGUGGGGGGAUUCGUGAAUUCCUCGCCCCAUUUUUAGUCCCCAAUCCUCCUCAUCCGCGUGCAUGUACAAACUCGGCGCUCCACUUCUUUCGCUCUUCGCUUCUUCAGUUUGUCUUUUGCGUUUUUUCUUUCGUUCAGCCUAUGCCCUCCGGGAUUUCCGCCAACGGCGCGCCCGAACGAAGAUUCCCACAUGAAUUCGAUUUCCGGCACACAAAAGAUGGGAGAACGCGUCCCGCGAAUGUCAAAACACGCCACUGAUGGGUCCACUGGAUUGGGUCAUUAUGUAAAUCUGCGCGCCGCAAACAGGCCUUGUGGAAUGCGCGGAAAACGUAGAGCCGGCUGGUACGCGGAACGUCGGAAAAUCUCGGCCAAACAACAACAACACCGCCGCCGUCAACACAACUCGUUACCCCUUGACUAUGCUAUUUUUAACCCCGCAUAUAAAAUGCAUGUAACCGGCAUGGAACAGGCCAGUAAACCCCAUCCAUGCCCUUCCGAUUAG